CCGAGAACCUGGUGGUCCGCCGCGGUCAGGAGUUCGUCCUCAGAAUCACCUUCAGUCGGGGGCUGACGCCACAGGACGACUUCCAGCUCGAGUUCAUGAUUGGCUCCAACCCUGAUGCCAGUAAAGGCUCCCUGAUCGUGGUGCCGUUCGGGUCCCGUCAUGGCGGCCCGUGGUCAGGCCAGAUCCUGGAGACUCAGGGGGAGAGGGUGAUGGUCGGCAUCACCCCGACGGCAGACGCCAUCGUGGGGAAGUUCCGUAUGUACGUGGCCAUCGACGUGAACAGCGGCCUCCGGAGGACCAGCAGGGACACCAGCACCGACCUCUACCUGCUCUUCAACGCCUGGUGUCCCGACGACGCUGUGUUUCUCCCAGAUGAGAACGAGCGGAGGGAGUACGUCCUCAACGACUACGGUGUCAUCUACCAGGGCACCGCCGGAGCGGUGGCACAUCGUACCUGGAUGUAUGGACAG